AUGGACCUGGUGGACCGCCUGCUCGACUACGUGGCGACCGUGCCCGCCAGCGAGAGCGUGGACGAGGUCAAGGACCAGCUCAGCGCCUACACGCACCGCGACCUGCGCGCCGCCUGCAUGCACCUGGACCUGCAGGUGCCGCGCCGGCUCAACAAGAAGGGCGGCUUCAUCGCCACGCUCGUUAACUACUGGAAGGGCGAGGCGCUGCUCUCCAGCACAAAAUUGUCGUCGCCCUCGACCCCAGACCCUUCCAGCGCUAAAACGCCGUCUAAAUCGCCCGCUGCCAAGGCAAAACCCACCUCCAACACCAAUGACAACGCCGUGGACGACGAGGUGCUGGAGCUGGCCAGCUUCGUGCAGCAGUUCCCGGCCGACGGCACCGCCGAGGAGCUGCGCGACCAGCUGAACGGCUGCAAGUCGCGCACGCUGCGCUCCACGUGCGUGCUGCUGGAGCUGCAGCCGCACCGAACAGCCACGAAAGCCAACUUUGUCACUCUCCUGGUCAACCACUGGCAGGGCGCGGGGGCGACAGCCCCGAAGCCCAAGAAGAAGAAGGUGAAGGAGACGUUAGUGACCCCCAAGGCGCCCGCACGGGUGACGGAGCCCAAAGCAACGCCCAAGCCCAAGCAGAAGAGGACGGUUAAGAGGGAUGAAGAGGAGAAGGUGAAGCCCAAGAGAACUAGGGCAGAGGAGAGGGUUGAGGACGAGGAAGAGCAGGCUAGAAAUGUGAUGGCGUCGUCGCUGGAGAAGGCCAAGGUGGUCCAGGAGUGGGCCUCGGCCAUUGAGAUCCUGUCCCGUGUGGACGGCAGCGACGCGAGCAUCUCGUCCAUCCGAGUGCUAAUCGACGGGGUCAUGGACAGCGCCUUGAACGAGCUGUGA